CUAUCCUGCGCGGGAUGAAACCAUCUCCCAACCUUGCCUCUUGGUUGCGGACAGGUAAUAGCAGUAGGGAAGUUUUUUUCCCAUUCUAACCUUCCCAGUACACCUUUAGAAUGACUACCUUUGCUUUGCAUCUUAAGCAACCACUGGGGUUUUAAAUCAACAAACUUCCCGCUUGACAGCUCAACCUGUAAAACAUGAAAGCAAGAUGAGACUUUGAAAUUCCUGUGUUUCAUUGAGAACCUAAAGAAAAAUUACCUUCUUUUUGGGAAGGUCUCUCCAAUCAGCACCAGUAGGGAGGAUUACCUUUGUACUGAACAAAAUGGUCAGUGCAGGAACUUAAGAAACACAGAUAUGAUGACCAGGGAUCAAGUAACUAUUAUUCCCCCGGCCCAGAAAACAGUCCUCCUCUGCUCUCUGGGUCAAGACACAUCACCUGCUACAUGGUAUAUUAUUUGGAACUCACUUGCUGACUCAAUAUUGGCCCUUAGCUGGAGUUAAAAAACCAGAGUACGAAAGCUCUUCGCUAAGUGCGUGCACAACCAUACCAAGCCUAUUAUCGGAUCUGCAAAAGGGGGGAAGAACAUAUAACUCUACCUGAAGAUUUUUCCUGAACUAAGUCGAGAGAGUGAGUUAUUCUUCAAAUCUGCUAGUAACGGUUCUCGAUCAGAGAAAAGUUUAUGGAGUGUGAUUGUGGUAAAAAGGUUUCUCUUCUAACUUCUUGGACUGAUAACGAUCGUGGAAGGAGGUUUCGUGUGCGCUAGAAGCAGAACAGAAGGUUGCAGAUUUUUUGAAUGGGCGGGCCCACCUAUGUGCCAUCGUUGAACGAUGAUAAUUCCGGGAUUGGUUAGAAGACUCAAUUCAAAAGAGGAAGAUGUUGUAAAGUUGAAGGCUAAAAAUAAAAGGCUCCUCAUAGUUGUUGUGGGGCUAGUGUUUUUGCUCCUGGUCUUUCUCAUGUUAAAGAUGUGAGAAGUGAAGAUGAUGUAACAUUUCAAAUGCUUUAUUCUUAAAACAUGAAUCCAAAAAGCUUUAAACUUCAUUCAAAAUGCUCCUGGUGCAACCAAGAAGAAAUAUUUUUUUAACUCUAGCUAAGGGCCAACAUUGAGUCAGCAAAUGAGUUCCAAAUAAUAUACCAUGUGGCAGGUGAUGUGUCUUUUCUGACGAAAUUGGUAAGUUCUGACAGAGAAGGACCAAAAUUGCACCAACUUAUUAGUUACGGGAUGUGAUCUGCAAGUUAAUAAAGUUACAGGACCAAUAUCGGGUAUAGCUAUAAGUUACGGGACUAAAUCAACAAAUUUCUCUUCCUUUUUUAUUAUGGGUUUAUCAGUGGUAGUAUUUUUUAUAGUAAUUAUGGGCCUCUUCUUCCUUUGCCCAUUGAGGUUGGUAUAUUGUCCUAAUGUUUCUUUAGCAUGUUUAUGCUUCAAAUCCAUAAUUCUGUUAUGCAUAUCUGUUAGUGCCAUGGUGUCUUGUGUUAAAAUAUCAUUAUUAUAAUAUAUUGUUAUUAUUUCUUCAACUUCACCACCUUGACUGGUUGUAAUGACACAUGCUUUUCUUGCUCGUAUCAUUUCUUCCAGUUUUGAUUUUAAUGUUAUUAAUCCAAUAGCUCUUUUUGUACUUAUCUAUUCUUGAAAUUUAUCAAUAUUACAUGGAAUUGACAUAUUAAGACUAGUAUUAUCUCCUUCUAUGCUAGUAUUUUUUCCAGUUUUAAAUAUUUGACAAAGUAAUAUAGGUUUGCCUACUAAGUCUGUUGAGGCAUCAAAUAUCUGUAUUCCAUAUAUGCAUUUUCCAAAAGAUUCCAUCAUUGAUUCAACUGAUUUUAAAAUUAUUGUUGGUAAUUUGAUGAUAUAAACUUUCGUCUACAAUUAUUUUAUCAAUACAUCCAUAGGUAAAUAGUUUUUGAACAACGUCAGGGUUAGCAUUUUCUUUACAUAAAAAUCUUGGAUAUUUACUUGUUUUAUUACUUCUUAAUAUUGUUACAUUUGUUUUCUAAUCAUAAAAUUUAUUAACUUUUUUCAUAUGUUGUAAUAUAUUCUUUAGGGUAUUUCAUGGUAUCUGACAUGGUAAUAGAGGUUUGUUUUUGUGGUUGAGAGGUUUGAGUAGUUAAUUUUGGUGAUAUAGUCGUGGUAGUGUAGCAAGCUUUGAUGAGAAUGUUUCUGAGGACUUUGGUUGUAAGGUUUUCACAGUUUUAUAGUCUUUGAUGGCUUCAGUAAGACUGUUAAUUAAUUCAGUGCAUUAUUGUAAGCCUUUUAUUAAUAUAAUAUGUUUUUCUUUAAUCUCUUUUAAAGCUCGUUCUAUAUACUCUUCAAAGUUAUUAUUGGAUGUCAUGGUGAUACAUGCUCAAAAAAUCAGCUAAACCAUUCUUAAUUCCAGAUAUAGUUUUAAUAAUGAAAUUAUAACAACAAAAGAAUGACAUCUAAUAAUAACUUUGAAUAGUAUAUGGAACAAGCUUUAAAACAGAUCAAAGAAAAACAUAUUAUAUUAAUAAAAGGUUUACAAGAAUGCACUGCAUUAAUUAACAGCCUUACUGAAGCCAUCAAAGACUAUAAAACUGUGAAAACCUUACAACCAAAGCCCUCAGAAACAUUCUCAUCAAAGCUUGCUACACUACCACCGACUAUAUCACCAAAAUUACCUACCCAAACCUCUCAACCACAAAAACAAACCUCUAUUACCAUGUCAGAUACCAUGAAAUACCCUAAAGAAUAUAUUACAACAUAUGAAAAAAGUUAAUAAAUUUUAUGAUUAGAAAACAAAUGUAACAAUAUUAAGAAGUAAUAAAACAAGUAAAUAUCCAAGAUUUUUAUGUAAAGAAAAUGCUAACCCUGACGUUGUUCAAAAACUAUUUACCUAUGGAUGUAUUGAUAAAAUAAUUGUAGACGAAAGUUUAUAUCAUCAAAUUACCAACAAUAAUUUUAAAAUCAGUUGAAUCAAUGAUGGAAUCUUUUGGAAAAUGCAUAUAUGGAAUACAGAUAUUUGAUGCCUCAACAGACUUAGUAGGCAAACCUAUAUUACUUUGUCAAAUAUUUAAAACUGGAAAAAAUACUAGCAUAGAAGGAGAUAAUACUAGUCUUAAUAUGUCAAUUCCAUGUAAUAUUGAUAAAUUUCAAGAAUAGAUAAGUACAAAAAGAGCUAUUGGAUUAAUAACAUUAAAAUCAAAACUGGAAGAAAUGAUACGAGCAAGAAAAGUAUGUGUCAUUACAACCAGUCAAGGUGGUGAAGUUGAAGAAAUAAUAACAAUAUAUUAUAAUAAUGAUAUUUUAACACAAGACACCAUGGCACUAACAGAUAUGCAUAACAGAAUUAUGGAUUUGAAGCAUAAACAUGCUAAAGAAACAUUAGGACAAUAUACCAACCUCAAUGGGCAAAGGAAGAAGAGGCCCAUAAUUACUAUAAAAAAUACUACCACUGAUAAACCCAUAAUAAAAAAGGAAUGAUGUCCUGAUCCGUUCCUAUAAAAGGCACAAUGUAAAACUUGGGAUAUAUUAUCAUACAACAGGUCUGAUGUAAAUCAGUACCUAUAUUACAAAAUAUGGGUUAGCCCCAAACAGUCAUAUUAACUGGCCCAAUGUAGCUCACACUACAGUAAGCUCAUAUUACAAAAUCCAUAUUACCAAUGAUACAUUUCAAAAUUCCUACAGGAAAAGAAGACAUAUCAAGAUCUAUGUCAGAGAUAUUAUUCGGAAGAGAUGCAGAAGAUGGAGCCACCAAACAAUAAUGGAGAUAUUAUGUGGAAGAAAAGAAGACACUUGUUAUCUAUCAUGAAGCAAAAAUGGGAGAUGGAACCAACAAAUGGAGGAUGGGAGCCACCAAAAGGACACAUAUUAUCAUUGCAAACCAAGUGGGAUUCCCAAAACAAGAUGUCAAGAGACAUUUGGCAAAUUAUUGUGUGGACUACUAUUCAUUACUUUACAAAUGUACAACACUACAACAGUAAUGGAGUAUUUACUAUUUAUGCAUUAUUUAAUUUCUAUCAUGUAAUAAUUGUACCGCUAUGGAAAACUCCUAUAUAAGAAGCUCAUUGUAACCAUAAGAAGGCAUUAGAAUCAUAGGAAGUUCCCUACGCAAGAAUUCAAUAAAGCUUGAAUUUCU